AUGCCAGAAGCAGAAGGUGAACAACCUACAACAAAUAGUGUUACAAAGGGUACAGCUGAUAGUACAACAUCACAACAUGGUGGUGGUAAUAAUAAUACAAUAGAAGAAGUAAAACGUACAGAUCGUGAUGGAAAUGAUACAACAACAGGUGCCGAUGAUGAAACACCACAUACAUAUAAAGUACCACGUGCACCACCACAUAUUUACGCAUGUUUUGUUAAAAAUUUAACUGACCAUUCAACUGAUGUUUGUUUGGAAUGGUAUGGUCGUCCAAAUGAACAUGAAUUUGAUGAAUUAAAUCAUUUCACAUUACAGCCACAAGAAGAAAAACAUACACAACGUAAAAUAUUUCAGCCAGAUUUACCAAAGAAUCCUGGCGAAGAAUUUGAUCAUGAUAAACAUUCAUAUUGUUCAUGGGUUAAAAUAUUAAAUCGUGUUACAGUAGAACAUAAAGGUGCGAAUAAUAAAAAGAAAAUGGAAAUUGUUUAUCCAUUUGAGAAUGUACAUUGUCCAAUACGUAAUUGGGAAUUUCAUGUAACGGAUAUGCAUAUUGAAUCACAUCCACCAACGCGUCCCGUAAAUGUUUUGAAAUAUGAAAAUUUAACUGAUAUUGAGAAAUAG